AUGGGUCGCGGCCUACCGAUGUACCAAGAUAUUGUCAGCCUUUCUCCUGAAGAGGCUUACAAGUGUCUUAGAGAAGGUAAUUCCGGACCGAAGCCUUCAGCCGAGUGGCUGGCAAAGAAGAAAGCGUUGAGAAAAGCGUGGCCCACUUCUCAGCCUGAGACUACGACGACAACAGCUACACCGACUGACCACUCCUCCAUAUUUAUCUUCGCUGUACUCGGAAUUUUUGCUUUGGCCACGAUCAUCGCGCUACUGACUUGGGUCGUAAAACGAAGCGCUGUGAAACGGCAAAGGAACCGGGAACGCGAACUUCUGGAACACCAAGAAACAUACAAUUAA